AUGGCCGACGCACACGCACACACAGCCGCCCUCUCCCUCCUCGCAGAGCACACCGCCGCAGCCAGCGCAGCCCUCGCGCACGGCCCCGCCCCCGAUGUCGCCGUCCCCGCACAGCCCCUCCCCGCCCUCCGCGCCGACCUCCUCGCCCUCCUCGCCCUCAUCUACUCCGACAUCACAAAGACCUCCCUCGCCCUCAACCCCGACGCCCCCGCCCCCUCCGCCGCCCUGACGCCCCUCGCCGCCCUCGCGUCCCACACCGCCACUCUCACCGCCAACGCCGCCGCCUUCCGCCCCCACACCCACGGCGCGUCCCUCGCCGCCGAGGUCCGCCGCCUCGCCCGCGCCGUCCUCGACGCCGUCCACGAGCUCACCAAGGCCCACCUCGCCCUCGCGCGCGCGACUACAUCGCGCGCGAAGAGCAGCGCCGCUGGCCAGGAGUACCUCGUCCGCACCGCCGCCGUGCACGAUCUCAUCGACCGCGCCCGCUCCACCGGCCCCCACGGGCUCUCAAAGGACAACAUCCACGCCGUCCGCAAGCUCUGGGUCGCCCAGGGCGAUCCCAUCACGGACGCCAUCGCCGAGCUGAAGGACGUCGUCGAUAGCGCGGACGAUGACGACGGCGACGACGACGGCGACGACGACGACGCUGCAGAUCUCGCCGGCAGCUCCGAUCUGGACGACGGCUGGGACGACGGCGUGCUCGAGCUCGGCUCCGGCAAGAUCCUCCCCGAGCAGCGCAUGCUCGCAGAGUCGCUCAUCCCCGUGCUCCAGCGCACCGCGACGCUCCACAAGCAAGUCGGCGCCCUCCUCCUCAUCUCGCCGCCCCUCCCGAUCCUCCCGGCCCCCCCGCCGCCCCCCGCCCUCGACGCGCUCCUCGCCGCCGCAGCAGCCCUCUGCGUCGCCUCCGACGAGCUCGCGUCCCACAUCUACUCCGCGCCCGACGACCCGAGCGACUUUCGCGCCGCGCGUGCGGGGUUCGCGCGCGCGCUCGAGGCGGUCGGACGUGUCGUCGACGGGUUCUGGCCCGACGAGAAGGACGGGGGGAGCGCGGGCGGGGCGGACGGGGCGGACGGGGCGCAGGAGCGCGCGGGCGCGCCGAAGGGGAGCAGGCGGUGGUUCCGGGCCCGGUUCGCGAAGCUGUGCGAGGAUGUGACGUCGAUAGACUGGCCGCAGAAAAAAUCGACCGACGCGUCCUGA